UUUACUUUAAAAUAGAAUGCAUUAGUCGUUUAUCAAAAAUUAUAAAUAAGGUAACGCCUUGAAAGUAACAAUUAUCAGUACCUACCUGAAAAUAUGCAAAAAGUGUUCUUUGCUGUGCUAACAACCCUUGCAGGUUGUUUCUGUUGGGAGGUAGAAAAGACAACUCGUCCUCCAAUAAUAUGCCGUAUAGCUUGUCCAAAAAAAUGUCCACCCAUAACUUGUCCUGAAGGCACCAAAGUCGGAUACUAUUCUGCCAUUUGCCAGUGUUGUCCGACUUGUGUAAUUCCUGAAAGAGGAGAUUGUCCUUGGAUGGGCAAAGAACCAGAUUCUGGAGAUGUUAAAUGUGAAGUUUACACAGAAUGUUGCGAAGGAGUUUGCUCUAGGGGAGAGUGUGUAACUGAGUCUACUUCAGAGUCUACUGAGUCUACAGAUUCUUCAAACACAGAUUCAUCAACACGACAGAUUUAGAAUAAAUUGGUUGAUUUUUGAAUAAAGUCGUAAUGUUGUUGUUUGUUUCCCUCCUUAGAUUUACUACUUGCAUCUUAGACUCAGAGCUGAAAAUUAAAGAACUUUUGAAGAGAAUUAUCCAGAAGAAAACCUAAAGUUGAGGAAAAAGGUGAUUCUCAUGUAAGUUGUUUAAUAUGGAAAUUGAGGCUGGAAAAAAGGGCACCAACAACUAAAUCAAAGCAAAUUUUAAUACUAAUUUUAUCUUUAUACCAGUGAUUUAUUUUUAUUGAGUCAAUAAAGUGGGAAGAACUGUUUUCUAUUACCGGCUCUCGUGAAAAAAUUUUUACAUUGAGAGCCAGAGAUAAUAAAAUAUUGAUCACCCUGUAUAUAUACAGUGGUGGAAUUGUUUUCUAUCACCGGCUCUCGUGAUAGAUUUUCUACAUUAAGAGCCAAUGAUGAUACAAUAUUGAUCACCCUGUAUCUAUAUACAGUGGUGGAAUUGUUGUCGAUUACCGGCCUUCGUUAAAGACUUCCUAAAAGAGCCGAGAAUAAUAAUAUAUUGAUCACUCUGUAUCUUUAUACAGUGGCUUAAAUUACAGUGGGUAGAAUUGUUUUCUAUUACCGGCUCUCGUAAAAGAUUUUCUACAUUAAGGGCCAGGGAUAAUCAAAUUUUGAUCGCCCUGUAUCCUGUAUCUAUAUACAGUGGUGUAAUUGUUUUCAAUCACCGACUUUCGUUUUCGUCAAAGAUUACCGCUUUUCAUGAAAGACUUCUUACAAGGGCCGGGAAUAAUAAAAUAUUGAUCUUUCUGUAUAUUUAUACAGUUGCAUUAAAACUUAGAGAAUUAGAAUCACACCAAUUCUUCACUUCCAACAGAUCAUGAGAAAUGUUUCUGGAUAACACUGCUAGAUCCACACCAUGCCACAAGUAGUUGUGUCAUCAGCAAACAUAGUAAAGGCCCCCCUUUAUAGAAGCAUGUAGCAGAUCGUUGACAUAGUAAAAACAGAAGAGAACCAAGAACCUUCCUGAGAAUUUUCACCACUAAAUGACACUGUUUAAAUUCUAUCACCAAGGACUCAAACCAUCUCAAGGAUUUGCCCCUCAACCCAUACCUUUCCAGGAUCCUCCUAUAAAGGUGUUCGAGUAACACUGCCGCGCUGAAAUCCAAACUGAUGCUCACAAAAAAUGUAUUUAUCCAAAUAUGACAUAGCGAGGGUCUUGACCAGUUUC